UCCUUUCAAGAGUAGGGUGAGGAUGAUGAUGUAGUACAAACAAAAGAAGUUAGCUGCGAAUAACAAAUACAAUCCAAGAGUGCAGUAGCAUUUCUUGCGACUGCUUAUUUGUCCAAGGGAACCCUUUGCGUUAUCGUUUGAUUUGAGUGCACCGGGUCGCGCGUGUGCUGCAGUGACAGUGAACAGCGCGCGCCUCUGGAUUGGUGAAAGUAGACAGGCACCGAAGCACGAGCUCCCUCCUCCAGCACGCCAAAGGGAAGAGAACAUGUUACAGCUUCCUGUUUGCAAUUUGGAAAAAAUUAGAAAGUCAAGAAAGAGAGUAAAAGAUGUAUUGUAUGACAUUGGACUGGAGAACUGUAAGGAAGUGUUGCAAGAACUCCAAAGCUUUGAUGCUGGAGAUGAGGCCUUCCAUAACACAGACUGGUAUGACUUCACUGACGGUCACCAUGGUAAAAGGAGGAAAAAGUGGCGAUAUCGCACCCGAGGGCUCUGCUGCACCCUGUGCAGGUUUUCGGCGCGAUCUUGGCACAGCUACAGGACUCAUAUACUGCGCUGUCAUGAGGAAGAGCAGGACUUGGGUGCACUGUCCUCCUGUUCCUGCUGCUCAUUCGUUGCCCACCCCAAGGUCAUCACUCAGCACUUCAAGAUCUUCCAUCCUGAUUCCAUGAAGACGCCAAAUAUCUCCACCCCAGCCCCAGGGGUCCAGACUGUGAAAGGACUGUCCGUCACCGACACCACUGUCACCGGAGACAGGUUCUCAUGUCGAAGGUGUGGAUACCAGGAUUCGUUGAUUUACUGCAUAAAGAAGCACGUCUUGGUGAACCAUUACACAAAUCUCUUGAACCGCUACUUUGGGCAGCGGACGCAUGUUGAGAUUGGAGCUGCUAACGACACCCGCACCUCCAAGUUUUACUGCAAGGUUUGCAGUGUGCCGGCUGACAGCGCAGACCAUUUGAUCUACCACAUUCUGACCUCUGAAAAGCAUAAAGAGCUGGAGGUGCACCUCAAAGCCUUGAUAUAUGAGCACAGCAAGCUUGGCAAGAAGACCCUGCAGCAGCAGAAGCUCCCGAGUCUUGCCCCCAAGGUCACCCAGCAGAUUUAUAGUGUUCCCCUGGUGCCUGGGGCCAACCCUUCACAGCCAGGGGGUGCAGUGCCUGUGCAGCGGCCCGCUGGGGGGGUGGUGACUAGGCCCCCUAUUGCAGGGACAGUGCUGCGGGGGACCCCAAGCAACACAACCACUGUUGUAUGUGCCCCUGGUACUGGCCAGGCAUUCCUCCCGGGCCAGGCUCCCACUGUGGUCCGUCUCGCCAGCGUCGAGGCCCGGAGCCUGAUACGGCCAGGUCAGGCAGUGGCCACCCUGCAGAAUGCACAGCCUCAGAAGGGGAUCUCAGUCAGCUUGCCCACCACAGGGGGCGUGACCACUACUUUGGUCCGGGCACCGGUGGGUACAUUACUCCCAACUGUUUCUCAAAAUGGUCCCAAACCACUGCCAUUAACGGUGGGGGUCACUGCACAGCCACAGCAGCCUCGGCAGGUCCUGCUGCCACCUGGCGUACAGGUCAGUGUCCAAGGCAAGCUGGCCCUACGAGGUCCUGCACCGCAGUCCCUACUUGUCACACAAAGGCUCCCAGUAACCCAGACCACCCCCCGUGGCACCAUGCUCACCUCACAGUCUUUAUUCAGCCACCUGAUCCCCACUGGCAACAAAGUUAAUGGCCUUCCCACCUACACCCUAGCACCGGUCCAGGUCACAGUGCCAGUUCAGUCCGGUGCUGCCCAAGUGACCGGUAAAGGACCAGUGGCAGUCCAGUCCAGUGCUACCCAAGUGACCGGUAAAGGACCAGUGGUGGUCCAAUCCGGUGCUGUCCAAAUGACUGGUAAAGGACCAGUAGCAGUCCAGUCCAGUGCUGCCCAAGUGACCGGUAAAGGACCAGUGGCGGUCCAAUCCGGUGCUGCCCAAGUGACUACUAAAGGACCAAUGGGAGCUCAGUCCAUUGUUGCCCAAGUGGCUGGCAAAGGACCCGUGGCAGUGAUCCAGGGCAGCAGCACCACCAUUCCUUUACAGCUAAACAGGACACCAGCAGAAGCUGCUUCCAGCACCAUAUCUGUGUCGACUGCUGGGUCCAAACUAGCUCAGAAGUGGAUAACCUGCCCUGUGUGUAAAGAAUUAUUUCCUGCUGAUGCGCAUCAAACCCAUAUGGAAACGGCUCAUGGACAGGCGCCUGCGACCAAACAUGCCAAGGUGCAUGGGCUGGCUGCCCGAGCUCCCUUUCUGAAGAAGGUGAAUGGUAAAAUCCUCAAGUGCUUGACGUGCAAUAUUUCUCUGUCAGGAAAGGGACUUUUUGAACAUCUGUUGCAUGGCCUGAAGUGUUUGCACUGCCCUGGAAUGUUCUACUCCAUCAAGCAACUCCUGGAGCACACGACAAAGGAACAUAGCACCUCAGAGCUGGCCAACCGUGAUUUCAUGAAACGGGAGUACCAUCUCCACACCAAUGACCACGGCGACCUUCUGGUUCCGCACUUUGACAUAAACACAACUGCUCCUAAAGAGCUGCUGGGUGACAAGGAGCUGAACCUUGCUCUAGUCACAGUCUCAUUGGACCUCAUUUAUGUGAAGGUGCUACCUUGGUCCACUCAUCCUGUGUGCCGGACACCUGUUAAAACCAUCCGUGCGGACUGCCCCUUCUGCCCAGAGAAGCCACAGACUGCCGUGGAUUACGAGCUCCACCUGAAGACAAAGCACCACAUCAUUCCCACCAUCCACGCCAUCCUCAAAUCUCCAGCUUUCAAGUGUGUGUACUGUUCUGGAGUUUACACAGGUAAAACCUCACCCCAGGCUAUCUCCACCCACGUGCAGCGCUGCCGUUGUGCACCCAAGACUGCCAAGGAUGUGGAGAGACUAAUAAACCCAGACCCUAAAAGUCAGGUGGUUGUUGCUGUAAAUGGGGGUACACAGGGCCUUGUCUCAUGCCCCACUACCUCACAAGGUACAGCCCCGUUGCCAGCUUCUAAAACGUCUGAGACAGAGGCCCAACUUCAGAACAAAUUAAGGCUGGAGGCAGCUAUGAAGGCAGCGAUGGAGGCCAACAAGCAGGAGAGGGACGCCAGAGCUGCUAAACGCAGCAAGUUGAAGAAUGCCCAGGAGAAUGUUGUCCAGGUGGAGGAGACUCCCAAAACACCUGUCUCCCUAAUCCUGGACCCUACUGGCAAGGAGAUGCUGUCCUUUGAAGACCGGAAGAGGUUUCUUACAGACUACUUCAACAGAAAACCCUACCUGACCAAGAGGGAGACUGAAACUCUGGCAGCCCGCCUGUGGUUUAACAGGACUGAUGUGGCCUGCCACUUUGGCACCAGGCGUUCCAAAUGCAUGCGGUCAAUCCAAAGGAAUAAGACCAUGGUUCUCCUGGGGUUUAACAUGACUGAGCUGAGGAAGGUGAAGCAUAACCUUCUGAUCCCAGAAGAACCCAAAAAACCUGCAGCAUCGGUGUCUGCAUGAAGAGGGACCAUCACAUAAAGCCAGCGUGCUGGAAUCACCGUGUCACAUGGAAGGAGUCCAGACAAGAACACAU